AUGACGCCGUACUACGAGAGAAGUGAGUACUACUCGCAGGACAGAAGGUCGCGCAGUGGAACUGAGGUUUUUUUAUUUUGGAAAAUGAAAAAUAAAAAAGUUUGUUCUUGUUGUAGUACUUAGGAGCGCCAGAGAGGUCCCUAUAGGGGUCAGGGGAAAAAAAGUUGCCCCCUAUAGGGACCUCUUUUGCAAGCUUCAGUAGUCCUUAUAGGGCCAGGUAAAGUGGUACUUAGAUGGGAACUUUCAAGGGCCCCUAUAGGGAUCACUCCGGGGAUCCUGAGAAGGGAAAAAUUAAGAAGAAUUUCCUGCAAUUUAUUUCAGCUAAAGUUUAAAUGUUUUUUUGAAGAUUAAAAGCUUCUUUUUCACUUUUUUGAAUAAAUUAUGGAGCGAAUUGGUUCUUAUUUGAAAAAUUGAAUCUGAAAUAAUUUUCUUGAGCUUUAAAGAUAGUUAACAUGAGCAAUAAAAGCCCAUUUUGUAAUUAUUAGGUAACAUGAGCAAUAUUGUAGAGACUUGGAAAGGUUUAGGCGAUUUUGGUUCCAGAAACAAUUGUUUUUUCACAUUGAGGGUAUUUUUUCUUCAAUUUUUCUCAUUUUUCAUUUUUGUGCCAUUUUAUAAAAAAAAACUUUUUUAAAAUCUCAUUCAAGACCCCUAGAGGCGUCACUAAAACAACAAAACCCUACAGGGAACCCUCUGAAAUCCUGUCUUUUUUCCACCUCUCAAAACCGAGAAAUAAUCGAACUUUUCUCCCGAUUCUUGACGGACAUGUGUUGAAGCGUCAAUCAAUCAAAUUCUCUCACUUUUUUUUUCCUAUUUCGAGACACGCAUAUCACCUUGAUAUAUGUGCAUUGUUUGCAUUGUGACACAAGAGAAAAUAUUUGAAAAAUCUUGGAAUUUUGGCUUGAUUCAUCCAAUGAAUGAGAUAAAGAAAAAUAUUUCCAUGUUUGAAAAACAGAAAGGCCACUCGGUUUGAUAGCGUGUCGUUUAUUUCGCGGAAGUGUCGUAAAACUUGUUUGAUAACGGUUUGGGAGGCUGUAAACGGUAGGAAAAUUUGGUGAAACGUGUGAUAAGUUUGAAGUUGGUGUAAGAAGGGGGGGGAGAGUCGGGAAGCGAAAAGUGGGAUCGGAAAAAAAGAAGGAUUUUUUUGAGUUUUUUUGUUGAGUUUUUUUAAUUUCUAUGAUUUUUUUCCCGAAAAAUCGGACGAAGCUUGAUAAAGAUUCUUUAUAGUCGCUACCUCUUCUAUAGAAUUUUUUUCAAAAAAAUAUUUUCGAAGUCUUUAUUUUUUUCAAAGAGAACGUUUCUUUACGACUUUUUCACGGCCAACUUUUUGUAAGGAUUUUUUUAAAAUUAAUUAUUUUUUUCUAAACUCCUUUUCAUAGGUUCAUUUUAAAGAAUAACUACCUUCCAAAACUUUGAAUUUUUCAAAAUCUCAGUGUAUUUUUUAUGCCUUGCCCCUGUUUUAAAAGCAAUUUUCGAAGAUUACUAUUUUCAGAAUGAAAAAAAGAUUGUGCAGAUCUCAAAAAAAGAUCGUUUCAGAAAAUCAGUUGAAAAUUUUCAACUCAACUCAUACUUAAGCUUUUUCCAUCAAAAAAAAAAAGGAAACAGUUGUCUUUUGAGCGUAAAAGCCAAAAAUCGUUUUCAAGAAGCUUCUGCCUACUUCUUGUUUUCUUCGAAAAGAGAAAAACGGAAAAAAAUGAAACGUGAUAAGUGACAAUUUUUGAGCUUUUCAGCUCGAGUAAGCAGUUGUUUUCGAAGCGAAAAGUCAAAUAUCAGUUUCGAAAUGCAAAAAGUAGUCCAAAGAAUAUUUUUUCCAAGGCGAGAGGUUGAAGUUUUGAAAAACGGGGUGUAAAACGGAGUUUCAAGCUGAGGGAGGUAGUGAUUUCCCUAAUUUAAACUCGGGAAGAAAGGUUGGUCCAAAAAUAGUCUGCCCGUGUACGUUUACGGUUUAUAAAUUUACGGAUUUCUAUUCCGUUUAAAAAAUGGUUUUUGUGAAGCUCAAAGUUCAUCAGAAAGUAUACAGAUAUUUUUAUACACAGGCAAAGUCCAAACGACCUUAAAAGGCCUAAUAAUGAAGAGCUUAAAGCUCUUUUUGAGUUCCUAAAAAGGUGUCAAAAGUUCCUCGGAACCUCCUUUUUUCCACCUUAUCUCCGCCUUAUUUUUCUAGUCCCCCUUAAAAAGUCCUUUUCAGAAAAAGGUCUAGAAAAAAGGCGCAUGUGAGACCAUUUGAAGGCUUUUUUUUUUCCAAAAGGCCUUUUUGAGACCUUUUGGACUUUGCCCGUGUACCUAAACUUAAUACUUUUCAGAAAAAAUAGUAAUUUUGUAUGAACUUUUUCGAGUUUGAUAUUCAAAAUUAGCUCCAAAACGGUCAGAGAUCUUUUCUUCCCUCACUAGGAAACGUUCUUUUUUCAAAUGUGCCGCAGUAGGUUUUAUUUUUGAGUUAGGACGCCUUAAAAGCUUGAAAUGGUGUUCUUUUUUUCUCAUAACACGCGAAAUUUGCUAAAUUUGAUACUUCAUAACUCAAAAAAAAGAUCCUUCGCGAAAACUUUUUUCGAGACCUUUAUGAACUUUGUUUAUGCUCCUUUAAUUUUCUGUUUCUUUUUUCUUUGAACUUGGGUCUAUUUUGAGUUUUCGGAGAUAUUUCGCUGCUCUUUUUUUGAAAAUUUCAACUCGUACGAACAUUUUUUUAAUUUAACGUGAUCAAGAAAAAAACUAUCAUUUCUAAAAAUUUCAAGCUUUGCAAUCCUCCUUGAUAUACGUUUCAAAAAGACUUAUAGAAGAGAAAAUGAACUCGAAAAUUGUGAUUUGAGGCUCACGCAAGCUGGAGAUACACAAUAAUAUUUGGUCGAUUUACUGGAAGAGUAACCAGAAAGAUUUUUUUGUUUUUUUAAAAAGAUUAAUAUAAAAUAUACAAGGUCAAAAAAAAGUUAGCAUAUUUGGAACAAAAAAUCGGAUUUCUAAAAUAAAAUUCAUAAGAAAAAGUCGUAGAAACGUUUUUUUUUGUACUUGACAGGGAAGAUUGUUUUCAUUUUGCGGUUGAGAAUUUUCCUGAAAAGUGGCCAGAAUACUUCUAGAAGUACCAGGAAAAGAUCCCGAAAGUGUCAACCUGCACAACUUCCUAGUUCUCGAGAAAUAACGGCCUGAAGUUUCAAAAUAGCCUAUUUUUUAUGGGUUUUGAGGGUUUUCCUUGACUUCAAGCCUUUAUUUCUCGAAAACUAAGAAGUUUUGCAGCUUGAGACUUCUAGAAUAUUUUUCUCGUACAUCAAGGAGUUUUCUGACCAAGUUUCAGGAAAAUCCCCAAGCGCAAAGUAAAAUGACCUCCCUUUCUUGCACUUUUUUUAAAAACAACACCAAUUUUUCGGAAGAAAAAUUCCCUCUAUAAAACUUUUGAAAAAAACUAAAAAAAUCCACUAUGAGAUCAGCUGAGCCUCUCCUUUUUUCACACUGUCUCAUAGCUUUUAUAAGGAUUUUUUUCUCAAAAAUCAAGAAUUCCUAAAGUCAAAAAUAGGAAUUCGCCAGAGAUCUUUUCCUUCCCUCAAAAAGAAGAAAAAAGUCGUCGAAACGCGAUGAAAGGCAAUUUCUGAGCUUUUUUCUCUGCUCGAGUAUGCAGCUGUUUUCUGAGCCCUUCCGAUGGCCAAAAAGGGCCUUUUUCGCCUCUUUCCCGAGUCAUCAUCAGUCCAGACGUCGCGUGUGUGCCGUCGAAUCUCUUCCCUUCCCAUAAAAAAAAGCUGAUCCUGCCCUCAAAAUUUCUCCUUUCUCCUAUUUACUCCCUUUUUUCGCCUCUUUUUCUGCACCGACGAGUAAUUCCUUUUGACCAUGUCCUGCAUCUACGAAUCUUGUUGGAAGGUUAUUUCUGAUUUUUAUUUCCAAAGAGAGUAUAGGGCAAAAGAAGGAGAAGAGAUUGUUGAAAAAGUAUGCUGUUUGAGAAAAAAAUACCAAAAAAAUUUCAGAAAAAGCUUAUUUUUUUGAAUAGGUCUAGCAUGUAUAUAAGAAUUGAUUUUUUUCUCCCGAAAGCUUAACUUUUUUUCAUUUUUUUCAAUUAAUGAUUAUUUAUUUUCGAGUUUUACAGAUUUUUUUAAAAGCAUACAUAGGGACAGUCUUGGUGGGACCUAAAAAGGGGAGGGACUUGGCUAGAAAAGGAGAGAAAUGGGGGUGUUGGCGAAAACCGAAGAAAAAAAAGAACUUUAACAUUUCUUUCGGCGUCAACCUGUAAUUGAAAAAUUAACGAAAAAAAAUUGGCGGUCCCCAGUCAUGCUCAUCCCAUAUAUGUUUGAAAGCCUUCUGCAACAUUUUGGAGAUUUUUCAUUGAUUUUUAGAUUUCACAUUUGUUCCGUGAACCUAUUUUUUAAACGGAAGAAAAGGUCGAUUUCUAAGAUUUCAUUUGCAUUUUUAAGUCUGGAUAAAUUUUAGAAAAAAACUUGGUUUCGCGGUCUAUUAAGAGAGAUUGGUUUCGAAGAGAAGGCUCUGAGAAAAUUAGGAACGCCAGAGUGGUCCCUAGAGGGCCAACUCUAGUGGUCAGAAAAAAAACUGCCAAAAUUUUUUCUGACCACGAGAGUUUUUUUUUUUUUGCAGGGCCGUGACUGGGACACGUCGCGCAAUGGAGAUUAUGCACGCAUCUCGCCGAGGUAAAUUCGUAGCCCGACUUGAAACAACUUGCGCCGAUAGGUCUCAAAAAUAAUUAAAGUUAACAUCUGAUGGCGUGUUCAAAGAGUUUUGCGAAAUUAAAAUUAAAAUUGAAGGGUUCACUUAAGGGAUUUUUAGCAUGCUCUAGUGAUAAUUUGAUCGAUUCUGAUUAUUUUUGACCGAAAUUUUUUCGAAAAUACCAAAAAUUGUUGAAUUGAGCUUCCAACACACAAAGGCGACUGCAAAAGUUGGCAAAUUGGAAAAAUUAGCUUACGACCGCAACGUGACCGCGACGCUCUGAGCCAUUCUCCUUGCGGCCUUGACUUUUCAAAUUCCCGCGAAAAAUCAUACCUCAAAGUUUUUUUUUUCAUAUAACUGAAGUUUCUUUUUCUCAGAAUCGCGCGAUUCUCUGUUUAUCUAGCAUUUGAUCAAUUAGGGUGCUAAAUUUAUCGGAAGAAAUUGUAAAAGACAAAAAAAAUAAAACAGGUUUGCAGGUACACGUGCCGCGACACACUCUACGAAGGGUUUGUUUGUACUUUUUUUGUUUUGUUAUUUUCUCAAUUUAUGUUUGGGAAUACUGUAACCAUAUGAUUCAAAGGUGUUCUUUAUUGUUUUUAGAGAAGGGAAAAAUCGUAAAACUCUUGGCCUUUUCAUCGAAAAUUUUUAUACAACAAAAGGGCCCUGUAUUGGUUGCCUAUCGAUGUGUUUUAUCGAAAAAAGAGGGGAGAAAGUAUCGUAAAGAGAAGAAAAAAAGGAGAAGGCGGAAAUCCUCGACGCAAACACGCUCUUCUGCUCCCUGAGGCCAAAGUACCGCUUAAGACUUUCUUUUUUUCUUCUGUUCUGUUCGUUUUUUUGUUGACCUCGGAAUGCUAUGGGCUUCUCCUCCUCGUCCUUUUUAUCUUUGUAGUUUUUUUUCACUUUGUCAAGUUUUUUUUCCACGAGUUCAACGUUUCAGAAGAGUUAGAAAAUCGUGUGAUUUUACGACUUCUUGUUUUAUCCUCAGCCGCUUUGAGUAACCAACGAGUUCCAAGUUUCAUGAAACAGUUGAAAGAAGCUGGUAGCAAGAGAAAUGUCUACAAUAACGGUUUCUAA